UCUGACGAGGUGACUCCUCCCAGAAGAAAUGGGGAAACAUAAGGCCCCAACACUGCGUUCGGACCUGGAGGACCUGUGGAUGGUAACUUAGUGAGUUGCACUCACUACCUCCCAGGGCAUUUCGGGAAGGUGUGGGACGUGGUACAAGGGGACAGCCAUGGUGAAGACGCUGGUGGAGGUCUGAGGCCUCCAGGGAACCCCAGACAGAAUAGGCCCUGAUGUGCUUUCAUCACUGAGAUACCCUGCCAGGAGUGGUGGCUGAGCUGCUCCUUAAGUUUCUGCUUGUGGGGCCCAGAGGGAGUUGAGAUUUCAGAGUCAGAGUAGUAGAGGGGAGGUGCUAUAGCUCUGCCAGCAGUUGAUAUCAUGGCCCGAGGAGUGAAAUUAGAAGAAUCCCCAAUAACCCAGUACAGAGAGUCCCUAGUGUCAGCUCCUGCUGUCACCACAGUAAGCCCCAAGCAGGGCUGACAAUCUACAACUUAAUCCUUCCUCUAAUUUCCUCUACAGGGUCCUGACCAGGACAACAGAAGCCUUGUGAGGUUCUAGAGCAGUGUCCUCAAGAAUCCUGCAGAGGCGUCAGUUGUGAAAGCCAAGGAGGCAUCUCCCCACUACAGGGGCACACAUUCUCUCAGCCUCCCUCCUCUUGUGGGUUCGCAUCACCUCCCCUCUUUCUGCACUCCUGCCUGCUAUCCUUGAGCAGAGUCAUCAUGCCUCGUGGUCAUAAGAGUAAGCUUCGUGCCCGUGAGAAACGUCACCAGGCCCAUGGUGACACCCACAGUGUCCAGGGUGCUCAGGCCACUGCAGCAGAGGAGGAAGGGUGCCCCUCCUCUUCCUCUUCUCCUUUUGGGGGGCCUCCCCAGAGCUCCCCUGCUGCUUGCACUCCCCAGGGGUCUCAGGGAGCCCCAUCCACCACCACUGCUGCAGGUGCUUCGGGCAGAAGAGCUCCUAGAGGGGCCAAUGGCCAAGGUGAGGGAGGUCCAAGUUCCUCUUCUGCCCGAGCCCCCAGUGAAAGGUCACAUAGUGACCCUCUAACCAGGAGGGUGACCAUGUUGUUGCAGUUCCUGCUGUCCAAGUAUGAAAUGCAAGAGUGCAUUACCAAGGGAAAAAUGAUCAAGAUCAUCAACAAAAGGUACAAGGAGCACUUCCCUGAGAUCCUGAGGGGAGCCUCUGAGCGCAUAGAGGUGUUCUUUGGCCUUGACGUGAAGGAAAUCGAUUCCAAAGGUCAAUCCUAUACCCUUGUCAGCAAAUUGGAGAUCACCGAGGAAGAGAAUCUGAGUGGUGGCAAGGGGUUUCCCAAGACCGGGCUUCUGAUGCCUCUCCUGGCCAUGAUCUCCAUGAAUGGCAACCGGGCCACCGAGGAGGAGAUGUGGGAAUUCUUGAAUGUGUUUGGGAUGUACGAUGGGAAGACGCACUUCAUCUUUGGGGAGCCCCGGAAGCUCAUCACCAAAGAUUUGGUGCAGGCAAAGUACCUGGAAUACCGGCAGGUGCCCAACAGUGAUCCUCCACGCUACGAAUUCCUGUGGGGUCCCAGAGCCCAAGCUGAAGGCAGCAAGACAAAAGUCCUGGAGUUUUUGGCCAAGGUCAAGGAUAUCAACUCCGGUGCCUUCCAAGCCUUGUAUAAAGAAACUUGUAGAGAUGAGGAAGAGAGAGCCACAGGCAGAGAAUGGGCCGGGGCUUGUCCUCAUGCCAGGGCCAGGGCUAGUGUCAGGGCGAGUCCAGCUGGUUCUCCCAUCCCUGGUGACGUCUGAUGCAGAUUCUUCACUUUGUUGUUGAAAAUGGCUGGUUAACUUUCUAAGUAGUGGAGGCAACAUGGGGCUGGAGGGAGCACGUGUAUGUCAUCUUGUAUUCCCGUUACACUUGAGUGACUUGUAGAUUUAGCUCGUUUUUUAUAUUUUUCAAAUGUUCUUUUUAACUGAAGGAUCGUUAAGAUUCAGAAUCUAAAUUCACCCUCAUGCGUUUAUUGUUGUUUUUCAGAUUUAGGGGUAAUAGUUUUGUAUUAUGUAAAACAAAUUGAAAAUCUUGAAUCAUUUCUUAUGAAUCCAGAACUAGUUAACGUGGUAUCGGAAUAAGGAUGUUCUUGGAAAUAUUAAAGAUAUCCACAAGAGUUAGUUGGGAUCAAAAGGUAGAGGUGGAAAACCACAAAAUUUGGUCAGUUCUUUGUUUCCCCGUUUGGUAAAAGUAGAAUAUUCAUGUGCCUGGAUUUGUUUGGCUUAUUUAAGGAUGUGGGAGAAAAUAAAUUGUGAUGAUUUGAGCUCCAGUUCCCUGCCUCUUAUUUUCCCCAAGCAGUAACUGAGCGUCUGCCCUUUGGAAGGCUCCAUGCUAGUACUGGGGCCCUUUAAGCAAAGGUGUCGAAGCCCGUGUAUAGAUUUUAGAGUCUAACAGCAGCUAUGAAUAAGGAGGAAGUUGAGAUACUCUCCAAGGACCUCAGGACUAGUAGAAAAGGAGUGAGUACUUCAAGGUUCCCUCUAGUGUAAAUGCCCUGAGGGAGGGCAUUUGGGGAUAUUGGGAAACUUUGAUCUCUCAGUGGGAGUGGGGGAAAUUUUAAGUUAGAAAGCAUAGACUAGGGAAGGGUAGGGGGUGAGAAGAGCGGGUAGGGGGUGAGAAGAGCAGGUAGGGGUGAGGCUGGGAGCGGGGGCGAGUCCAGAUGAGGCUGAGGGAGGGGUGUGCAGAGUCAGACAUUCCCAUCAUGUGUCUCAGUGUGGAAUGGCUGCGCCUGGAAUGGCAACCAGCUCUUCACACUGCCUCUGGAACUGGGGGUAAACCAGAGAGAAAUGCCCCCUGGGGCACUCCGGAAGGUGUCUUGUGUUCUUGUCCCAGUGCUCUUGAACACAAGUGCUGACUGUGUGUGUCAUGUACAUCAUUUCCAAUGUUUCUGAGAAAUAGGGAGAUACUCCAUGUAAGGAAGCCAGUGUUAGUAGCUUUUUGCCUUUGGCUGGGGGAGCCAGAGGCCAUGUCAUUGAAAGGACGGUAGAAUGAGGUUGUCAAGAGUGUCAUUUGGCAAAUACCAAGUGAAGACUGGACUUUUGGCCAUGGUGAUGAAAAUUGGAGUGACAUAGAUGGAAGGACAGUUGGGAGGGGAAAUUGUUUGUCCUUGACAGCACUUCUAAGAGCUUUGUGUUCAUUAAACGGGAACAGUCUACCCACAUGCACGUUAAAAAAUUUACUCCCUACUAUGGAUUGAAUUUAACCACCAUGUGCCCCCAAAACAGGUGAUGUAAAUAAUGACCCAAUAACCGUUGUUAUAAUGCCAUUUGGGAAUAUGUUGUUAUGUUAAAGAGGAUUGUAAGGUGUGUCUUUAGUCAACCAACACUUUCUCCAAAGGAGAAAGAUGUGGCAGUCAGCUUCUAUAAAGAUUUACAGCCUCGGAAACCCUAUGGGGUAAUUCUGCUGUGUCCUGUUGCGUCCCUGUGAGUCAGAAUCUUCAGGACAGCAGUGUUUUGUUUUGUUUUUUUCCGGGUGGUGUCUUAAGUCCAGUCUAGUUUGAGAUAUAAAGGAGGUGAUUUGGCAAGCAAGUAAUUGCAAGUGGGAAAUGAUAGUUGCCAGGCCCCAUGAGAUCUCCAAGGAAAGAAGAAACAGAGCUUAAGAAAGACAAGGACCUUCCCCCACAGCAAACAAAGCUUUCCCGCACCUGAAUUCAGAUUUCUAGGCUCCUAAACUGUAAGAAAAUAAAUUUCUAUUUGCUGAAGCCUUCAACUUGUUGUAUGUCUGUUAUAACAGCACUAGAUAACUAUGAUACUCUCUAAUAACUGAUAAAAUGCUUUGACCUGGACUACUAACAUGGAUGUUGGCAGUGAAGACCCAUCCAGUGGCACCGCAGA